AUGUCGAAGAUCAUUACCUGUGACGAGAGUUGGAUCUACGGGUACGACCCUGAGACGAAGCAGCAGUCUACACAACAGAAAAGCUCUUCAUCUUCAAGACUGAAGAAGGCACACAGAGCUGCAGCUCAGUCAAGAGCGUGCUCAUCGUCCUUUUUUUUCGACGUCCGUGAUAUUGUACAUCGUCCCCCAGGGCCAGACUGUCAACCGAGAGUUCUACUGCGACGUUUGAGGGAGAGCAUUCAGCGAAAGCGACCGGAUCUAUGGAGCACGAAGAAUUGGAUUCUCGCCCAAAACAACACGGUAUCGCUUCUGCUUCCGCCCUUUUCGCCAGAUUUAGCACCCGCAGUCUUCUAUCCCUUCCCUGAAACGAAAGAGCAGCUCAAAGGUCGCCACUUUAACACCGUUCUCGAGAUCCAGAACAAAUCGCAGAAGGUCCUUGACUCGCUUACAGAAAGCGACUUCCAGGCUAGGUUCCAAAAGUGGCAGGAACGCUGGGACUGGUGUAUUGCUGCGCUAGAAAGAAAACACAUGAUUUUAAAUUCAGAGGAAAACCAGAAAAAGGAUGUUAAAAGUUUAGCUUAA